ACAGCGUUUUGUGUUAUCCUUAUUUUAGCGAGCUUUAUUCUAUCAGAAUCAGAACUCAGACCAUAGCUCUCCCAACGUCUCUCUUUUGAUUUUGAACAGAAAUCAACACUCACUCACACUACGGCUCUCUCUCUCUCUCGCUCUCUCUCAGACCCAGAACAAAAGAUUCACAAGCCACACGGAACAGCGUCGAGUUCUGUUCAAUACCUGCUCUCCACAUAGUUCUUUUUGAAAUGGCUGUGCUGUUAUCUACAACUCUUCCUUCAACAACCACCAAGCUGAGCCUGAAAUGUUUUGGCACUAGCAUUAUACAAGAGAAACCAAUCAUAGAAAGUUGUCUUUUCACAGGCUUUAGUAUAGGGAAUGACAAAGAAAAACAGAGGAAGAAAGUUUCAUUUAUUAAUUUAGCAGUAAAGAACAAGCAAACAAUUGUUGAAACAACCCAGAAUGUCAAUGGGAGAAUAACACCAAGAAAAGGUGGUAGAAACCCUGUUUUGAGUGAGGGAAGAGAUAAGGAUGAGAACUAUGGACCUAUAUGUCCUGGAUGUGGGGUCUUUAUGCAAGAUAAGGACCCAGACCUUCCUGGGUAUUAUCAGAAAAGGAAGGUCGUACCAACAGAUUUGUCAGAUGGUGAGGAGGGUAUAGUGGGCGAGUUUGAUGGAAUUUAUGAAGAAGAAGAAGAAGAAGAAGAAGAAGAUGAAGAUGAAGAAGAAGAAGAGGGGUUUGUGGAUGACAUUGAGGGUGAAUUUCAGGAAUUUGAUUUGAUAGAAGGUGAUUUGGGAGUGGAGGAUGAGUUUGAUUGGGAUUCUGAUGAAUGGGAAGCUAAGUUAAUGGAGGAAAAGGAGGUAAAGUUGGAUUUGGAUGGAUUUGCUCCUGCUAGUGUCGGUUAUGGUAACAUUACAGAGGACACAAUUGAGAAGGCUAAGAAGAAGAAGCUGUCGAAAGCAGAAAAGAAGAGAAUUGCUAGGGAGGCUGAGAAAGAAAAAGAAGAGGUUACGGUGUGUGCUCGGUGUCAUUCAUUGAGGAAUUAUGGGCAGGUGAAAAACCAAAAAGCUGAAAACUUGAUACCCGAUUUUGAUUUUGAUAGGCUGAUCGCUACCCGGUUAAUGAAACCCUCUGGGAAUGCCACUGCUACUGUUGUGGUGAUGGUUGUUGAUUGUGUUGAUUUUGAUGGGUCGUUCCCGAAACGGGCAGCAAAAUCAUUGUUUAAGGCAUUGGAAGGAACUAAAGAUGACUCCAAGCUUAGCAAAAAGUUACCAAGGCUUGUUCUUGUGGCUACAAAGGUUGAUCUUCUCCCUUCACAAAUUCCACCUGCUAGGUUAGAUAGAUGGGUUCGGCAUCGUGCUAGGGCUGGAGGGGCACCCAAGCUAGCUGGGGUUUAUAUGGUCAGUUCCCAUAAGGAUUUGGGUGUGAGGAAUCUGUUGUCCUUCAUCAAGGAAUUGGCUGGUCCUCGAGGGAAUGUGUGGGUAAUUGGGUCUCAGAAUGCUGGCAAGUCUACUCUAAUCAAUGCAUUUGCAAAAAAGGAAGGGGCAAAAGUUACCAAGCUUACAGAAGCUCCAGUGCCUGGAACAACUCUUGGCAUUUUGAGAGUCGGAGGGAUUUUGUCAGCCAAGGCUAAGUUAUUUGACACUCCAGGGCUUCUACAUCCAUAUCUAAUGUCCAUGAGAUUGAAUAGGGAUGAACAGAAAAUGGUUGAAAUACGGAAGGAGCUACAACCUCGGACUUACAGGAUGAAGGCUGGGCAUGCCUUACAUGUUGGUGGUCUGGUGAGACUAGACCUUAGUCAAGCUUCUGUGCAAACAAUUUAUGUUACAAUUUGGGCAUCCCCAAAUGUAUCUCUACACCUGGGAAAGGUAGAAAAUGCUGAAGAUAUUUGGAGAAACCAUGUUGGUGUUAGGUUGCAGCCUCCCGUUGGUGCAGAUUGUACUUCUCAAUUAGGCAAAUGGGAAGAGAAGGAAGUCAAAGUGUCCGGAAUGAGUUGGGAUGUGAAUAGCAUUGAUAUUGCAGUGGCUGGUUUAGGUUGGUUUGCUUUAGGUCUCAAAGGCGAAGCAACCUUGGCAUUGUGGACAUAUGAUGGCAUUGAAAUAACUUUAAGAGAACCUUUGGUUCUUGACCGAGCACCAUUCCUUGAGAGACCUGGGUUUUGGCAACCAAAGACCAUAUCUGAUGCCAGUGGCACCCAAACUAAACUUAAAAAAAGGAAAAAGCUUCAACAGGUGAGUAGAGAUUUCCUUUCAGAUGUGUCUGUUUGAAAAGAAAAAGAAGCCCAACUGAUAGAUUAAUUGCAUUUAGCAAUGUGAUUGAGCUUGAGAGGCUGUAAGAAGCCAGCUUAAGUAUAGAAUAGAAAAUAGGUUUCAUAGGCUUUUAAUCUACAGGUUAUAGAACAUCCAGAUUUUUUCAGAGUAUUUCAAUUAUGGAUGUGUGUAAUAAGAUUAGCAAUUCAAAUGCCAAGAGCCCUGUAGCUUGGUAACAUUGCUUGGUCUUCUUUACCAAGAGAAUCAAGGUUCAAAUCCCUUGUCCUCUAUUUGUUGUAAAAUUGAAUUAUCGAGAGAGAGUAGUUCAAGGGAAGGGAGUGCAUAACUGAUGCUGGAUGCAGUGUGUAUCUUUGUAAAUGUAUUAGGUACAAGAUUUUGCUAGCUGCUUUUUAAUGAGACAUGAUCAACUUAUGUCGAUUUUGGAGGAUUGUGAAA